AGAGGCGGUGUACGAGACAAGCGCCGUAGGACGAGUCUUUCCCGGGAGUGACACGAGUGAGUAGCCAUUGUCGCCGCCUCCUCCACACUUUAUCACUUAUUUCACCCUCUCCGCAGGCCCUGUCCUCGACGGCCGCCUCGCAGAUAAACCAAGAUGACGAACCCAAAGGGCUUGAGGCGUGGUACGCGCAACAUGUUUGCGCGGCCUUUCAAGAAGAAUGGUGUUGAGCACCUGUCUACCUUCUUGAAAGUGUACAGAGUUGGCGACAUUGUGGACUUGAAGGGUAAUGGAGCAUUCCAGAAGGGCCUCAUUCAUAAGUGUUACCAUGGUAAAACUGGUCGUAUUUUCAACGUGACCCAGCAUGCCGUUGGCGUCAUUGUCAACAAGAGGGUGAAGGGCAAGAUCCUUGCCAAGAGAUUAAACGUGCGCGUUGAACAUUUGACCCACUCAAGGUGCCGUGAAGACUUCAAGAAGCGCGUGAAGGAGAAUGACCGCAUUAAGCAUGAAGCCAAGGCUAAGGGUGUGAAGGUUGUGUGCAAGAGACAACCUGCCCAGCCACGUCCAGCACACAAGGUGAACAUUUCUGAACACGAGCCAGAAUUCCUCACACCUCUGCCAUACGAGUUCAUUGCCUAAUAAACUUGUGAUGGUA